AUGGAAUCAUCAAGAUACAGAAAUAUUGCCUCCAAGGCAUUGUUGCCUGACGGGCUGGCAAGUGGCUUCGGCCCGGCCCGUCCGCCGACAGUCGCGUCCAGCUCAGUAAAGAAGCGUCAUCACCACACUCAGCAGGACUGGGAGGAACAGAAACAGUCGAUCAUACGACUUGCACGAAAGCUCAAGGGCAUUUUGCAAGAAUGGGGUAUUAACAAGCAGAUGAAGUCCUCCGAGUGGGUCGCUCUCAGUGGUGCUAUCGAGAAGCGAAAAUACGAGGGCAAGGAGACUGAGGUUUUGCUGAACGGUGUUCCGAUUGAUGCCAAAAAGCUCAAGCGCGAGCUCCAACGGUACUCGACUUAUAGUCAUGUAACAGCAGUGCAAGGAACAAGGGCUCAGGCGGUAACACCGCUCUUUUCUGCGAAAAUCAUCCACAGCACCAAGGUCCUAUCACCAGUCGCAUUUGGCGAAGCCUUCAAUGAAAGAUACAGAUGUUCCGAUCAAGAAGACGAAGCAAUGUCACCUCUCAAUAUCGACGAUGUUGAUGAUCUUGACCGUGAAUUCUGGACAGAACGGCUUAGCUUCCACACAAUCCUUAUGUUCCUGCAUGAACAAGGAAGUUCCUAUCCUGGCCUAGGCAAAUCAUUGGCGUCUGCAUUCGCCUCUCCUUCAACCGCGUCGCCCAUAAUGUCGCACGUGUCUCACUCCUGGUCCGUCGAUGGUUUAAUCAUCCUCGGGAGGAAGAUACAGAAAUGCGAGGGAGGGCAUGCAUUUCUUCGAGUUUGGCAUUCGGUAGCUCACGUUGAAAGGGCGGAUACCUUCCAGCUGCUGGAUCUCGUCCUCUGUGCGCUUGUGAGCGUAAACAACCCCAUGGAACUAUCCAUACCAAUCCUCGAACCGAUAUUCAGCGGUAUUAUAUGCUGGUUCUCAGACGCUGAGCAUGUCAGUCUACUCCGUUCUAUUGUGGCGUCGACCUUUACCUUCCUCCGCUCCUUUGUGCAGCGAUGGAUAGAGGUAGCCAUCUAUGCUGCGAGUAGCACGGAGGACACGUCCACCAAGGCCAACAUGUAUGCAAGGAUCGAAUAUGUUCUAUCCUCGGACCAUGUGUCUCAGGUCUCACCGGCAGAUCCAGAAGCACUAUUCAGCGUGGCAACGAAGUCCGGCCAGGUCAACAUCUGCAGACUCUUAGUCCUCAAGGGUCCAAAACUGGACCAUGCGACGAUGCUUCCAGACCCAGUAGAGGAAGCGAUCCUAGACUGCGGCCCAGAUAUACUCCAAUUCCUUACCGAAGAAGCUGGCUUUGAUAUGAAGAGAGAGCCGCAAGAUACCCAUAGCCCUACCGGGUGUAUUCAGUCGUACCUUGCUAGUGCGCUUCUGAAAUGGUCAGAAAGACAAGAUACUGGCUCUACCGAGGGUCCAGACCAUGCUCCUGUCCAGCAAUAUCCAACUAAAGACUUUCAAAGAGUUAUUCAAAUCCUUCUGGAUAACGGAAAUGAUCCUUCAAGAGUCUGUUUCCAGGAGUUCAAUGCAUGGGAGAUGUGUAUCCUGAUGGACGCACCAUUCCUGAAUCAGCUCGGGUACACGGACUCAGCCGGGAGCGCUGUCAUCAGCUUGACAAAAGCCGCCAGGUCUGGCCUGAAGAAGCUCCAGGCGUUUGUAAAGAACGCGGAAGUCACUCCCGCAGUGCUGGAGCUAACGUUGUUUGGCGCUAUCGUUGUGGGUUCUGCGAAUCUUGUUGAAACCUUUCUUCAGGCGGGCAUAAACCCUGAUUGUCCCAUUGCGAGGCAUACGAUUAACACUGGGUUUCUUCAAAGAAGCUUUCGUGCUAUAUCAUUCGCCACCAGGCGCGCAAUAUCUUAUCCGACAAGGUAUCCAAUCUUGACCUGCCUGAUGAAGUUCGGUGCAUCUUUGACGGGCGACGUUAUUGACACUCUCAAAUUCCUUGGCGAUUCCUUUUCGAAGAGUUCCUUAAUCGUUAGUCUCUGUCGGCCUGAAAUUCUAAAGCCAUAUGGCUCUCAGCUGCUCCGGCUCGCCGUGCGGUGGAACUCUUCAGAAUUCAUUGGUACCCUCUUCGACAAAGGACUCAAGUCGAACGAUUCAUUCACUUCCAGCUUUUGGCCCGAAGUCACCAAAAAGGACACGAUUCUUCAAUUUGCCCUCGGUCACGGCACGAUAAAGAUUGUCCAAUUUCUGUGGGAAAGGGGGUCGAGAUUUGAGUCGGGUCACAAUGGAGGCCUGGAGCUGUUUCGUGCUUGUGCGUCGUCGAUCGAGCUGGACCAUUUUGCCAAGGUCCAAUUUCUCCUCGACAAGGGUGCGCAACCCAACUCAGUCUUUGGAGGUUUGACGCCUCUUAUGCUAGCAACCUCCAGGUCUGGGGCCUAUACUACAUCACUGGGUUCGGCAGCGACCAAAUCCGUCAGACUACUGCUGCAAGCCGGAGCGGAUCCAAACUUGCAUGUGCGGCGUGACUGGCACCAGGAUUACAAACUAUACUUAUACAAGAAGAACAACAAAGACGUUAGGAAAUGGCCCCUAGGAGUCGCCUGCCUUCAAAACAGUCUUCCCCUCGUCCUAUUGCUGCUCAGACACGGCGCCGAAGUUGGUAGCAGCCGGAUCCUCAUCAAACCGUUCUACGACGGAGUUUGGUGCAACAAAGACACAGCAGAAAUCAUUGAUGUCCUGAUAAAGGCGUGCAAGAGCGAGUCUCUUGACGUUCGCUCCAGUGCAACUGAAGCUCUGGGGCUUGUGGCGUCGUUGGGUUUCGUCAACGUGGCCAUCAAGCUGAUCGAGGCUGGCGCGGAUGUCAACGGACUGGUGCAACCCUUGACAUGUAUCAACAAAAGACAUGGCGAUGAGUGCGGCUCCUGCGCAAAGGUGACACCUGUGGAAAUUGCAGCGUCCCACAAAUGGCCGGACAUGGUUCAGUUGCUGGUCAAUGCCGGAGCUCGAGAGCCGGAUGGGGUAAUUUGGGUUCCGACACCUGUCUAUCCAUCCGCCCAGGACACGUCUCCGAGUCCAGAGAACAACGCGCGCAGCACGGGGGCUACCCCAUACACAGGGGAAGGGCCUCGAGUCAGCCAUCCUGCCGGCUCCGCGAAUCUGUCCGCGGCGGCUGCGGAACCAGGGCGGCGUGACGCUUAUAUAGAGCAUGUCGCUUCUGCCGAGCAGCGUUAUCAUGCUUUUAGUCAGCAGCCGAUGUCGCAGACCCAGAAACUGUUUCUUGCCUUCAUGGGCUUUCCCUGGCAUAGUCGCGAUACGCUGGUAAUAUGUCCUGAAUGCAAAGCGCUGUCCAACUUGUACGUCGCUGGUUACGAGGUCGAAGCUCCCGGAUCCCAGCCGCUUCAUAACAUGGACUGCCCAGUUGGGCAAAUUAAAGAUAAAUGUGUCUCGUGUGGCGCUUUCGUCGGGUCAAGAGAAAAUCAGGUUGCCCAUGCCAUCUCUGCCCAUGUUGCGCCUCUGCUCGACCUCUGUGGAAACACGUACGAAUUACAGCAGCUCAUGUUCAUUGACAAGCGCCCCAGCAGAGUCCUGCCUAAGCCACAGGGGCGCCUCUCACAGACAGCCGCGCUGCCCGUGGUCUCCAUCCCGCCGUCCGAUCACGUUCUGGUCACGGCUUCUUACAGAUCCGCCAGCAGGUCUCUGGCCGUCGGAUGCGUCACCGAGCCGGAUGCUGGGGGGGAGCUACCCGUCUUCACGGGCCUGCAGAUGUUCACGCGGGUGACUUCCGCGGAUGGUCACACUCCUAAACCACAGGCCCAGCCGGAUGGCGAGACUGCGGCUUCUGGUCAAGAGCCGCAGUACAACACUACGAUGACGGCUUGGAUGACUAGGUCUGAGUAUAGCGCUCUCAGCAUGUGGGUUGGUGCUUUCAAGGGGGUUUGGAAGUAA